UAUUAUUAUUACCAUCAUUUCCUAUACACUCCUCCGCCGGCGGCCGCCGCGGACUGUUCCCAGAUCUCGUUUUCCGAUCCAUUUUUUUUUAGGGUUUACCCUUUAAUUUCACCUAAUUCAUCGCCGGAUUUUCACAGCAGUCGAUCGGAAUCCACCGGAAUGGCCACUCUGCAGAAAUUCAAGCUUUUAGCGACCCAGUGCGCCGUCGCCGGAAGCCCGACGAGGAGCCCGACGACGAGUCCGGUCAUCCACCUCCGCCGCCGGAAAACCCUCCGAAUGCUGCUCGGCCGGGAGGACAGGAGGAUUCCGGCACCGUACGACGGCGGCGACGGCGAGAAGAGGCGGCCGCCGGAGAAAGGGAAAGAUCUGUCUGUGAGGCAAAAGCUGAAGGAUUUGUUUGUGGCAUCGCCGCCGGCUAAUCCUGAGAAUUUGAGACAAGGAUUUCCGCCGUCCGGCGGCGGCGGAGGGAGGCGGAGCGGUGCCAGAUCGAUGCGGCCGCUGACGGCGACUUUCCGGCAACGGCUACUUAGGCGUGCCUGGCGGCCGGCGCUUGUUGCCAUUCCUGAGUAAUAUUAAUUUAAUGUACGGAAAUAAUUAGUAAUUAAUUAGGAUUUUUUUUUUUUUUUAUAGUAUUGACAAAAUUGGGAUUUUCUUUCACUAU